AAACAACAAAAAAAGAAAACAAUCAAAAACCAGGAACAAUUAGAGAUGUUUAGCUCGAUUAAUGUGAUUUAUUUUAGGAGACAAUUUAAUCACCUUGUCCCAUUAUCUCUCUAGAUGGAUGACCAUUAAUAUUAAUUCCUUUGUUGGAUUUUAUUGUGAUAUACAUUUUGUGUUUCUUUUUUUUCUCUUCUCUUUUUUUUCUAUCUCUCUAUCUUUCACUUGACUCUCUAUCUCUAUCUCUCUCUCUCUCUCUCAUCAUCAUCACCACCAUUAUUAUUACUAUUAUCAUCAUCAUCUUUCCUUCUCUUCUUCUUGUUGUCUUCUUUAUUCUUUAUCCUGAUUGUUAUUCUAUUGUGAACCUGAGAAGAGUAUUUCAUCUAGAAUUUGGAAUCUCUGAUAUGAGCUCGUACUCAAGUAGUCAAGUUGGUUCACAGCUUAGUCGACCUGGUGGUGGUGCUCAAAAGGCGAUAAAAAGAAGCCGUGAAAGAGAUAGAAGCCGAAGUUCAAUGAAACGUCAUGCCUCUGGUGAUUGGGCUGAAUAUAUUAGUUCAUCGGGUAAAAAGUAUUAUUACAAUUCGGUGACGGGUGUAUCUCAAUGGGAGAAGCCAAAAGAUUUUAUCCUUCAUUCUGGUUUAGAGGAUGAUGAUGACGAUCAACCAGAUAAUAAUGUUGGUGUUGUUUCCAUUAAUAAUAAUAGUAAUAACAACAAGGAUAAAUAUUUUACCUCUGUUGCUUCUUCCGUUCCAAGGAAAAUAGAGAAAACAUCUUCUACACCAGGUAGUUUAAAAGAUAGUGAAGAUUCAAGGAGAAGGUUACAUGAUGAUGUUGAUUCUACCCCAUUGGAUGAUGCCAGUGACAUUAGUGCUGAUGAAGAACCAUUUGUCAACAGAUAUGGUACCAAUUCAUCUAACCUGGAUGAUAAAGAUUAUCACAAGUCAACUUACCAUCAUCCAAAUAGAUAUUCUUAUGAUAAAGUGCCCAAUGUGAGAGAAAGAGGAAUUGAUAGAGAGAGGGAAAGAGAUCGUGAUAGAGGUGACAGAGAGCGAGAGAGGGAAAGAGAAAGGGAUCAUGAUCGUGAAAGGCCUGUAAGAGAUGUUAGAGAUCGAGAUAGAGAUCGAGGCCGUGAACGUGAACGUGAACGAGAAAGAGUCCAUAAAAGGGAAAGAGAAAGAGAGAUUGAAAGAAGAGAUCGAGAAAGUGGAGGCCAUAGAGAUCGAGAAAGAGAACGUGACCGUGAUAGAGAGAGAGAAAGAGAUAGAGAUAGAGAAUAUGAUAGAGAUAGAGAAACUGACCCAUGGUAUGAUAGAAGAAUGGACGGUGUUAGAUUAGAAAGAGAUCGUGAAAGAGAAAGAGAACGUGAAAGGUUAAUUAAACGAGAUAGAGAUAGAGAACGUGAAAGAGAACGUGAAAGACCAAGAGAGAGAUAUUCUUCUAGAGAUCGAGAGAGAGAAAGAGAAAGAGAACGUGAAAGAGAUCGAGAUCGAGAUCGUGACUGUGAUCCAAGGUACGAGAAGCGAAUUGACUUGGUGAGAAACGAAUCCAGAUAUUUGGAUAAAAGAAUUGACCAUAACAAAUGUAAUGACCAGCGAAUGGAUAUGAUGCUAAUUAAAAACGAUAAUCGUCAAUUAAAUGAUCCAAAGGAGAACCGAUUAGAUCCAAGAGAUCCAAGAGGAGGUGCAAGUUCACUAUUAAGAUCAUCAUCACAUUCAGAUAAUUAUAAUCAUUCGGAGCCGAUUGAGGAAAAAAGUCUCAGCGAUGGGAUUUGUGCCAAUAUGCAAACCCACCACGGAAGCAGUUCGAGUAACCACAAUUCCAGUGGAAGCAAUAACAUGACAUCACCAGGAUAUGUAAAUGAAAGUGUUUCAUCUAAAGAACAAUUGGUUAAUUCGAUUAGUGAAAGAACUGUCAAUCGAAAUUCACUUUCCAAUUCUCAUCUAAACUCUUCUUCCGAAGGUACUAGAGGAGAUCGAGGAGGAGGAGGAGGAGGAGGAGGAGAAACUAAUACCAUCAACAACACCAUUUCCACCAAUACAAACAAUUGCUCAACCUCAAUACCUCCACCAGCAGAUCUUUUAUCACCUUCUCAAGUUAAUUUAACCAAUUUACCUAAAUUAAUUAACCAAUUAACCAAUUCCCAUGGAUUACCUGAUUUAUCGGGUCUUUCACCUCAAGAAGCUCUUCGAACCAUCCAACAAGCUUUACAAUUAACCAAACAAGUUAAACAAAGAUCGGCUAAUCAGCAAAUUGCAAAUUCUCAAGGAAUCUGGCCUAAUUAUCUUUCUAAUGUUAAUAAACUCUCAUCACCCUUGAAUCAUAAUUCUAUGCAUAAUCAAGGAACCAUGAGAGAGUCUCCAUCAUCACUUUCUCAUUCUCGUCAACAUUCAUCUUUAUCAUCAUCCACUGGAAAUACAUCUCAAUCUCAUUCAUCUCACUCUAGACAGUAUCAACAAUCACAUCUUAGUCAAUCCAGGCAUCAUCACCAUUCAUCCUCUCAAGUCCAACAACAACAACAACAACAACAUCAACAUCACUCCAACAUUACACAAUCAGCUCAAUCUUCAUUAUCACAAUCAUAUAGCCAUCAUCAAAGUGCUGAUGGGAUUAGGCAUGAGCUUGAUCUUCUUACCAAUCGUAAUUGGGCUCAAUCACCUGGUUCCGAUGUAAGUGUUGAUUCACCGACUCGAGGACCUUCAUCCGUUUCCAGUAUUCCAACUGGUAUUGGGACAACAUCCUUAAAACCCUCAGUGCCUAGUUUAACACCUUCAUUGGUAAAUUAUUUUGAUGAAAGUUUGAUUGGUCAUGUUACUGGUUGGCCAGGAGAGAUUAUUGAAAGAGAGAUUAAGAAAUUAUCUGAGGAAGCCCAUGAAGUUGGUAGUCUCCAUUCAACUAGAGUAUCAGCUGAACUUAAAAUGGCUCGAUCUUUGGUUCGAUUUACUGAAAUUCAAGCAACAUUACAAGAGCAAAGGAUUCUCUAUAUAAGUCGGCAAAUAAACCAUGUUGAAGAAUGGAAAGGAACCAAUCUAGCCACACAUUCUUAAUUAUUGUUUAAUUUAAUUCUUCCUUCAUCAUCAUCUUCAUAUCUACAAACACAUCUUAUCCUUUCUAUUAAGUUGCUGAUUCUUUUUCGCUUUCGAUUCACUGGUUCAUCUCUUGUCUUUUCAUUUUCAUGAUGAAAAUUAACUCCACUAUCUCAUGCAACAUAAACAACAACAAACACACAAAUAAUUUGUAAAUAUAAUCUAAAUUAAGAAAUUUAUAUUAAGGAGAAACAGAAACAACAACUGAAACAAUAACAAUCAUCAAGUCUUUUACUUACAACAUUCAAAGGAAAAAGAGGAAACCAUGGAAAAGCAUUUAAUUGUUAAUUCAAAUCAAAGGACCUAUCGAUGCAAUUGAACGAUAGCAAUUAGAAGAUGAUAUGAUAUGAACACUUUUCGAUCUGUUGGUUAAAACUUAUACUUCUUAAUUGCUCUCCAAGAAAGAAACUACAACUUCAUCUAAAGGAUCAAAAUAAAACUGUGUUCCCGCUUCAUGAUGGACUAAUCAUCAACCAUUAACUCUAAACUGUUACAAACAAUUGAAUGAACAACUAUUUACUAUAUACACAAUCAACAUGGUCACCAUAACUUCUGAAGAUUAGUUGUAAACUAAAUUUCAUGGAAAUUCGUGAACAGUUAAUCUUCUGAUUGCUCUUUCAAACAACGUUAUGAAUGAUUAAGCGAACGAAAAAAUUAACCAUAAAGAUCCAAAUGAUUGCAUCAACUUUUCCACCACCACCAAGGAGUUUCGUCGAAAUCCUUUAACCACUUCCUCUAUUCUCUCUCUCCACUAAACGUUAACUGCUCUCGAUUCAAAUUUCUCAGUUUCUCAGAACUUUUCCUCUCUCAAUUACCAGAAAACCAUUUCCAUUUUUCUCUCUCUCUCUCUCCCUCUCUCCCUCUGUCUUUCUAUCUUCUUAUCUUCCUCUCUUUCUAUCUCUAAUUGAUGUAAACAUUGUUUCUAAAAUUGAUAUUAUUUUCUCGUAAGAGAAUCAAAAAAAAGAGAAACCGAUACACAAAUAUAAGAUUCUAAAGAUGCUGUUGCGUUUUUAAUUCUUAAUUUGACAUUUAAAUUGUUCCUUCAACUGA